AUGACCACCAGCAGUAAAGCCCGCGCACUCGUCGACGGCGCUAUUAUCGACCCCUCAGUCUUCACUCUCCGUCCUGACUACCGCGCUGUCCUCAUCUCCGCAACCGGAAUCGUGCCAAGUCCCAGCGACAGCGCAAGCGAGCAGCUCCUGACUGAAGCCGAGACGUUCGCUCGUUCAAAUGGAACUCCUCUAACCCAGCGCCCUCAUAUCGCAACAUGGCGAGAAGCGUACAAAGCUUUCGGCGCCAAACCAGCCAAGUACCGCAACAGUCUCGAAGCACUCAGUCGGCGCAUAGGUCCCGGAACCGGUCUGCCAAGGAUCAACAAGCUUACGGAUAUCUACAACGCGGUCUCGGUCAGAUACCAGAUUCCGCUUGGUGGGGAGGACGCUGCGAAAUAUGUCGGAUUGCCCAGGCUGAUCCGAGCCACUGGCAAGGAGACCUUCCAUGUCAAGAGCGGCGAGUCUAUCAUCGUCGAGCAUCCAGAGGCCGGCGAAGUUUGUUGGGUAGACGACGAGGGCGUUACAUGCCGACGAUGGAAUUGGAGGCAAGACCCCAGAACCGCCUUGACGGACCAAACGACCGAGGCGUUCUUCAUAUGCGAUGCUCUAUCCGCCAUGAGCGACAGCGACUUAGCAGCAGCCGUGGAUGAGUUAAUGAAGCACCUCAAAGGGCUCGGGCCAGAUGUUGUCAUCCAUCAACGAACGUUGAGGGCACCUUUGGCGUAG